AAGUUUCAGGAGAAAGGGUUUUGAAAUUCACACUUUUGAUUGAAAAGAAGUCAACAGAAUCAGAUGCAAUGGGCCACUCAACGUAGGUACAGCCCAUGUCCUCAGCCGCAGCUAAUGGGCCUAAAGCCCAUCAGAUUGAUUCAUUAUUUCUUCCUGUUUCUAAGUUUUUUUGGAGUUUCAAUGUGUGAAGUCUUUGUUGUUGGAGAUGAAGAUGGCUGGAAUUCUGGCACCAAUUUUGCUACUUGGUCUCAAUCCCAUAAUUUCACCAAAGGAGAUUUUCUAGUUUUCAAUUAUGCAAAGAAUGUACACAAUGUGUAUGAAGUUAUUGAAGAGACAUAUAGAUCUUGUGAGGCAAAGAAUGGAGUAUUGGGUGAAUAUGAUAGUGGAAAUGAUAAAAUUGAACUCAAAGAAGCAAGAAAUUAUUGGUUCAUUUGUAAUGUGGCUGGUCAUUGCUUGGGUGGAAUGAGGUUCGGAAUUGUGGUUAAAGAAUCCAAUUCUUCUACUCAUCUUCCACUUAAUCCAAUUGAUCAAUCUCCUCCUCCAAACACCAACCAUGCUUCUAUUUGUUGUGGAAGGUUUCCUAUGUGGUGGACCUUUUUCAUUUGCAUUCUAUCCUUUAAUGUUCUAUUUUAUUGAUAUCUGAUGUUCGGGUUAAGUCUUGUUUGGUAAUUAUUUAGUUGUUGUUUGAUAAUUUUUUUUUUAAAAAAAGUUAAGCCUAUUUUCUAUCAUUUUCUUACCACGAUUUUCAUCUUUCUUGAGUAAAAGAGUUGAAUUUUUAACCAAAUUUAAGAGAAAAAAAAGUUUUAAAAAAAUAUUUUUUUAGUUUUUAAAACCUAGCUUGGUUUUUGAAAAUAUUGGGGAAAAGUAGGUAAUAGCGGAAUAAACUUUGAUCAAAUGAAAAAAAAUAUUUAUAGAGUUAUAUUUAAAAACUAAAAGCGAAAAAAGUCAAAUGGUUUCUAAACAUGAAAUUAGUUUAGAAGGAUUUUUAGUUUUUGAAAAUUGAAGGUUUCAUGAUCUUAAUUUCUCACUCUCGUCUUUUCGAAGUAAAAGAAUCGUAUUCUUAACUAAAUUUCAAAACAAAACAAUCUUUUUAAAACCUAAUUUUUGGUCUUAAAAAUUUCGCUUGAUUUCUAAAAUGUGUAGAAAGAAAAUAUUGCAUCCAAAAAAAUUUGGAGGCAGAAAAGGUGUUUGUACCCUUAAUUUUCAAAAACAUGAAAACCAAACACUAAAUAGUUAUCAAAUCGAGACCAACCUUCAUCUUUUAGAAAGCACAUGUAUUACACUUGUGAGGUUUGUAGAUUUUGAGGCGACUUAUAAAUUUAUUAUUCCAAAAUAAAUAAAGAAGAAAUCAAAUAUAUUUUUACCAA